AAAAUAAUUUUAGAGCGAUAACUCACAUCGAACUGCGUAUGAAGACAAGUUUUUUAGUGUUUACCUGUGGCUUAUCGGCCAGGAAAUACCAUAAAUUAAUAGUAACUUACUCAGAGGCCCCCACUGUGAAUUUCACUGGGUUAUUGGCAACAUCGGUCCUAUUGUUCAGAACUCAUAGACAUGACUUCCAUCAAGUGCUUGAUGAUCCUGGUAUUUUUCAUUGGCUGUAUGUACCUGCUGGACGUCAACGCUCAAAACAGCGAUGGGGGAAACAAUAACAGUGGAGGAGGCGGCAAUAACGGAAAUUCCAAUGAUGAUGAUAAUGGAAACAACAACGGACUACUGUCCUCCAUAUUAGGCAAAUUUCCAGUUCUUGGGGGUAUCAUUUCUUUUCCCCUCAAAACAGCAUCAACAAUCCUUCGAGGGGUUGCUCGAAUUCUAUAAUUAAAUGCUAAAACUGCAAAUGUGUUUAAGUCCUUAUUCUGCUAAUUUCUGUGUCCAAUUGGUGAAAUAUUCCCAAUAUUAUUAACAAUGCAUUAUUAAAAUUAGAAUAUCGACGAUGUAAACAGCCCGAUCAAUUACAUAUGGAAUAAUAAAUUCAAAUCAAACUGAAAAUCAGUAGAAUUUUUUGAUCUUUCUACCAGAAGUGAAUGUAGUUCCAGUUCUAAUUCCUAAUAAUAAUUAUUUAACGACACAAAAAUGAUUAUUAACAUUAUGAAGGGGUGGAAAUUAGGGGACAGUCAAUUUCUUUUGUCACAUUUUUCACGAGACCUUCAAAAAAGCCGAUGAGAAUUCAACGCAUCGGUAUAAUUUGCGAGGUGAUAAGCCACUCUGGCCGGUUUUCCUCGAAUACUCAAUAAAUUAUCGCAUUCGUAACAGAGUGAUGUCAUCCAAAAAAUUAUUUUCAACGAUUUUAUUGCUGAUAAAAAAAAUAUUUGUAGUUAUUUACCGUUAAAAUAAUAUAGUAUUCAUCUUUUCUGUGGAUCCUGGCACUUUUUCAGUGGGUAGCGUUUUCUCAAUGAAUAAAUUAAUGGAGAAAAAAGUAAAAAAAAAAUAAGAAUAGACAAAACUGGCAGAUGCGAGGGAGAAAAGGCCGGAUCAACCAGAAUACUACGUUCGUGUAAUAUAAUCUAUCUGCGCUGUUGGUUUUUGACGGUUGGGAACGGCACGUGCUGCAGUUGCAGCUGUCGAGGGGGUGAGAUUGUUGGGUCUAGUGGGGGUACAACGGGCACGCGACACCCAGGGGCACCCCCGUUAGAGCCACAAUCAAUCCACCAACGGUUCAACAUUCACCUCAACUCACCUCGAUGGAACGUUAAAUAAUAUUCGCACUAAAAUAGUUCAUUUCCACAAUUUUUUAUCGGUUUUAAAUAGUUAUCAGUGCACAUACCUGUGAUAAAUUUUUAUUUUUCAAAUUUGUUAUUGGAAAAUAAAGUGUGUGAAUAGUGAAAUCUAAAUUUUUUUGUAGACGACAAUGAAGAGAUCCAAUUCUGCGCCUUGUCUGGUCGAAGCGGAGAGGCAAAACAAGAAAAUCAAAACGACUGACGAUCGAAUGGGACCAAAUACGAGGGAGUAUUUACAGUUGGCUUUAGCGCGAGUGUUGGAAUUGCAGAGAGCUGUGAAGGAUGAUACUUACUUCGCUGAUAACACCAGUGAUAUCGGGGAUUGCGAUAACGACGAGGAUUUGAUGCGUGACGUCCUCACGAGGGUCUUCAAGGACCUCCCAGGCUCCUCCGCGUCAGUCCCAUCGCUGAUCGAACGUGCGACGCGUCGAAGUCCCCCGGAAUUGAACAAAAUCCGGGAAAAGAGUAUUCAACUCUCCGGUUAUGACACCUGUCGCCAGGUAGCCCUCGACUUCAUGAAGACUGCUGUGAAAACCGCCCCUCGGCCCGCUGACAGAGUCAGGCGGAUUGACAGGACUCGAAGGAGAGACACCCUCUCCAGCGAGUAUGAAAUUCGAUCGCGAAUGCUUCGUGGUCUCGACCUACAUCUCGCCAUUAAACAGCGGGAUUACACUUACAAAUUGAUGAAAUUGUGAAUCAACAAUGUAUCAGUCCAAUGAUUCUAGUCCUUAACCAAUCGUCAAAUUUUGAGUCAUUAACUGCCAGUAGAAAGUAAACGAGAAUAAUGGGAAAGAUAGUUCCCAAAAAAUUUGUUCAUUUGCUAGAAAGUUUUAAAAAUAUCCCCCACAUUUUUUUUGCUACAUCAGAAGUAUUUUUCUAUACACAGGGCCUAAUGAUAAUGCUAAUACUAACGCCUAGUCAUACGUUAUUUUUUUCUAGUCAAGAAAUAGUCUCCAAUGAAAUUAUCUCUAGAAUGAAGAAACUUCAGAAUUUCUCCCCUAGUCAAAAAAAAUGUAGAGAAAUCUGAAAAUUCAUGUAAAAAAAUUCUUUAUUAUACCUCAUAUAUGACAAUAAAAAAACAUCACGUAAUCUAAUUACUCUCUACGACUUAAUCAUAACGUCUCACCAACUGAUUUGUAAAUAUCCUGACCAUUUUUCCUCCCGAUUGUAAAUAAUUUCACCAUCCUUAUACGUCUCUACACUUUCAAAAAGGAAAAUAUUUAAAGAAAAUGAAUUAAAAUUAUGGGAAAAUCCCUCAAUGAAUAAUUUCAAGCGCUGAAUCGAAAUUUGAGACUACAGGUACAUCAUUUAUCCUCUUAGAGCGUCUUUUGAAGACACAUUGACAAAGUUUAAUUGUUUCACGCAAAAUUGUAUCACCACUCAUUCUCACAUUAUUUCUGCUCUGCUAUGUCAACUCAACUGUAUUUUUUAUCUAAAAACGACGAUAUUAUGCAUUUUAUGCGGUUGGAUCAGAGUCCUAAUGACUCCUCCCUUAAAUACAUGUUUAUCGUAAAUUAACUCAGCGGCAUUUUCCAUUUUUCUGGAUUAACUUAUCACUUGUGCUGCACAACGAACAGCUUCUACUUCGAUGAUGUUCACACGUGCAAAAUAUAUCAUAGAAAAAUCUUUUUCUACGAUUUUUUGUACGCCUGUAUAAAAUGCAACUACCUUUGAUACGCCACAAUCUGAGUACACUCA